AUGACGUGGAUGCGACCGAAGUGGACGGGCGAGCAACGUCGCGCUCUUUUUCAAAGACUGGACGAGGGACCAGAGCAAUGGGAAACCUUUGACCCCUACCUCGCCGAACGGCUUACCAAAGUCGGGAGAUUGAUGAGCUUCAUUAAGAUGUUCAAUUUCCCAACUGCGGAUCAAGGUACGAGGGAUGCUAGCUUCGAGAGCGAGAGCGUGUCUUCUUUCAAUAUGAUAUGGGAAGACAUUGACGCAGCGUUCCAACUCGAGCACCAGGGCAGCCCUGAUAGUAGUGACACGCUCCCAACGAUCGUUGGGUCGUCAAAUUCAUACAAUCUCCGUCGCGAUGUACGCGGCGACAUACCGGUAGCGUUUGUCGGUGUCUAUCGCCUCCAGCGCAGGACUGCGCCACAGCCAGACACAGAGCCAAAGCCCAUAGAGCUACCAGUCUUCCUUGUAUCAAAACAGGUGUAUGAUGCAUUGGAGAAGUUAUUCAAGAAGGACGAAAAGGGACAGUUGAACCCGCUGACGCACAUUGGUUUUGAAUUCAACGGGAGGCGCAGUGGAUCUAGGGCCGUCUUCAAACCUCAGCGUAAGCGAGACUUCCGCUUUCCUGCAAACGAAUUACUCAUCAUUGACAGAGUCCAGAACAACACUCCCGAUUGUGUUCAUCUGCCUCACGUAUGGCCAAGUAUCAAAUAUUUGAAAAUCAAGUGUGUAGGUUUCCGCAUCACCUUGUCCCCCGCAGGCAGCCAUACCCAACGGGGGGACAAUCUGCACUCGGAAAGCUCACGUUCUACCAAUAUACUGUCGAAAUUCCAAACUUGCAGACUUACGUCCGCGAAGCAAACAAUGGUAUGGAUUAUUUUCCCCCCUCUUGACUACUCUGGCGACGUUGGCGGUCGAACCUAA